ACGUCGACAGAUAAAUCACGGCAAAAACCCAGAUGUCACGAUUCUGUAGAAAUUCGUACUACUACUAUUACUCGCUCUAAUCAAAGAUCAAACCUUCCAUUUUUGAGCAUCAAAGAUCUAACCAAAGUCAAAAUCCCAGAAAUUCCACGCUUUUUUUCAUCAGAUACCCAUCAAUUCAAUUGAAUAGAAGCAAUUAAACUUUUUCUCCUCCACUUUCUUUCCCUUUGCACCGUCUUGACCCCGCCAUUUUCUAACAUUCUUUCUCUCUCUCCAGUCCCCCCUUUGAAGUAUUCUUUAAUUCUUGAUCACAACCUUUAUUUUGCUUAUUCUUAGCUUCUACUAUAUAUAUUGUACUUUUAUCCAUUGCCCUUUUCAUUUUUCUUUGUAAUUGAUUAAUUUAGUUCGAGAUGACUGGCGGUGGACCGUUGCCCGGCCGCCGCAAACCCAAAAUCCUCAUCUGUGAUGCUGUUGCUGGUGCUUCUGCAGGUGCAAUUGCUGCUACAUUUGUGUGUCCAUUAGAUGUAAUUAAGACAAGGUUACAAGUUCAUGGCCUUCCUGUUACUUCUACUUCUACUUUUAAAGGUAAUGUAAUCAUUACAAGUUUUCAAGACAUUAUUAAAAAGGAGGGGAUUCGUGGGAUGUAUCGUGGACUCUCUCCAACAAUUUUGGCUUUACUUCCAACUUGGGCGGUAUACUUCCCGGUUUAUGAACAUCUCAAAGGUUUACUGAAAAAGGAUGAGCAUGGUGCCGAUCAACUUACAAUUGGUAAAAAUAUGAUUGCUGCUGCUGGUGCUGGGGCUGCUACAGCUGUCACAACUAAUCCCUUGUGGGUUGUGAAGACACGACUCCAAACACAGGGAAUGAGAACAGAUGUAAUUCCAUAUACAAGUAUACUUUCCGCCUUGAGAAGGAUAACAUGUGAAGAAGGAAUUUCGGGUUUGUACAGUGGGCUUUUGCCUUCGUUGGCAGGAAUAAGUCAUGUUGCCAUCCAGUUCCCUGCAUAUGAAAGAAUAAAGCUCUAUUUGGCGAGAAGGGAAAAUACAACAGUCGACAAGCUAAGUCCCGGAAGUCUAACAAUAGCUUCUUCAAUGUCUAAAAUUGUAGCAUCAAUAUUGACUUAUCCCCAUGAGGUUGUGCGUUCUCGGCUUCAAGAGCAAGGACAAGCUCGUAAUAACAAAGUUCGUUACUCGGGGGUUGUUGAUUGUGUAAGGAAGGUUUUUCAAGUGGAAGGCCUUUCUGGAUUUUAUCGUGGAUGUGCAACUAAUCUAUUGAGAACAGUCCCAAAUUCUGUCAUAACAUUUACUAGUUAUGAAAUGAUACUAAGGUUUUUGAAGCGGGUAGCAACUCCUGCAAUGAAUACACCAUUUACCCCGUCUAGUAUCGAUGGUCAUAAGCAUAGCAAGCCCAACUGUAAUACGCAGAGUAAAGAAGAAGAUGGCUUGGGUUGUGAACACAUAGAAGACCAGCCUAGUCGAGCACCCUCAAUCCCCGUGAAUAAAGACCAAUUGACCGCUAGAUAAUGAAAUAUGCUAUUCUAAUGUAGGUAAAUCGAAAUUGUAUUUGCGGUACUUGCAAAGGAAGAAACUAGUGAAAUUCAUUUUGAUGAGAACAUUUACAAACCCUUAAGUUUCAUUUUGGUAAAUGUUCUGGCUGGGAAAGCCUGAUUGAUUCAAUUGUUGCACUGAUUCUAACUUCUGUAUAGAUGACAAGUAAUGUAACAAUUUUUGCACUAUAUUUUCCCA